AUGCUCCUUCAACGGCGGCAGCGGAGCUGCCAGACAGGCGACUGCGGCGGCGCGCUCUCCUGCACGCUGUCCGGGCAGCCUCCCAUGACGCUGGCCGAGUUCACCAUCAUCGGCGGCAGCCAGGACUUCUACGACAUCUCGGUUAUCGACGGCUACAACCUCGCCAUGCGAUUCUCCUGCAGCACCGGCGUGACCCUCAACUGUGGCAGCUCCAGCUGCCCUGACGCCUACCUCUUUCCCAACGACAACACCAAGACCCAUGCCUGCAACGGCAACAGCAACUACCAGGUGACCUUCUGCCCAUGA